UGGCUGAGAGAAGGUUCUAGAAAGUGUUGAGCGGCGUCGGUGGCGGCAGCGUCGAGGAGGCUGUGGAUUGCAGCUUGUCUCUUUAAUCGUUUUUCUUUAGCUAUAACGCCAUUUUUAAUCGAUAUAACGUUAUUUACGAAGCGCUUGAGUUGAAGUAUAGCGUUUUUAUUUAAAAAUUAUUUUUUCGAGCAGGAUGGAGGAUUAAAAGCAUCAACAUCAUCAAAAAACUACCAAAAGAGAAUAAACUGCAAGAGACUAGGAGAAGAAAACAAAAGUAAAUUGGAGGGUUUUUUGCAUCAAGUAUCAGCCUCCAUGAUGCACUCCUCACUGAUCCCUGAGAAGUGCUGACAACAUUCACCCAACAUGAACAACAAUUCCUACUGAAGUUGUUAAAUCCAUAUGGCCAGAGGGCUGAGAAUAGGGAUAAGGAGCAGUAUCGCAAGCUGUUUAUAGGCGGUCUCAGCUUUAACACAACUGAAGAAAAUUUGAGAAGCCAUUUUGAGCAAUGGGGAAAGCUCACAGAUUGUGUGGUCAUGAGGGAUCCUCAGUCCAAGCGAUCAAGAGGGUUUGGAUUUGUGACAUUCUCUACAGCUGAAGAAGUUGAUGAUGCAAUGGCUGCUCGGCCUCAUAAAAUCGAUGGUCGUGUUGUGGAGCCUAAACGAGCAGUUGCAAGAGAAGAAUCUGGGAAACCAGGAGCACACCUGACUGUGAAGAAACUAUUUGUUGGUGGAAUAAAAGAUGACACUGAUGAACAUCACCUCAGAGCAUACUUUAAGAACUAUGGAAAAAUUGAAAGCAUUGAAGUAAUAACAGACCGCCAAAGUGGGAAGAAGAGAGGUUUUGCGUUUGUAUCUUUUGAUGACCAUGAUCCAGUGGACAAAGUAGUCCUUCAAAAAUAUCAUUACGUUAAUGGACAUAAUGCAGAAGUAAGAAAAGCUUUGUCCCGUCAAGAAAUAUUGGAGGCACAAAGUAACAGGUCAGGACGAGGAGGUGGUGGCUUUAGAGGUGACCCUCGUGGAAGUGGCAAUUUUCCUAUGGGGCGUGGAGGUAACUUCGGAGGUGGCCCAAAUGGAUUUGGUGGUGGCCGUGGUUUUGGCGAUGGCCCUGGUUUCAAUGGCUUUGGUGGAGGAGGUGGUAACUUUGGAGGACCGGGGUUUGGAGGUCCAGGAUUCGGUGGAGGAUUUGGUAACCAUGGUGGUGGCUAUGAUGGCGGUGGAAAUUAUGGUGGAAAUUUUGGAGGAGGUGGGAACUACAAUGAUUUUGGGAACUACCAUCAUCAGAACUCUAAUUUUGGACCAAUGAAAGGUGGAAACUAUGGAGGAAGAAAUAUGGGUGGACCGUAUGGAGGGAAUUAUGGUGGUGGAUUUGGUGGACGUAACAGAUAUUAAUUCAGCAAAACCCAUUCCAAGGGCAUCACUAUAUAAAUAGGGGAGGAUGAGAGCCCAGAGUUUACAGGACAGCUGCAGGUUAUUCUCUCAGCAAAAUUUUAAGGAAAAAAUUAUCUCAGCGGAACAUAAGUCAGUGAGAUGACGGAAGACUCCAGAGCACAGGCAGAGAAAACCAUUUUGUCAAUUCUUGGGAUUGUUUAAUUGAGCGGACUCUUGAUGUGGAGAAAGGACUGUAAAGAUGCCUUGGAGACAGAUUUCUAGUUUUUUAAAAAAAAAUUCUUUGCUGUAGUAUCUUUAUAGUGUUCUUCUUAAGUUGCAAUGUGGAAUUGUUAUGAGUUUGAGGGGAUUUUUUGACAUUUUAAAUAUUCCUAGAUGCACUGAGAAUUUUGAGAGCUAUGAACCAGGAUCAUGGAGUUAUAAUAUUCAGCCUUUCUAUGUUAAAUAUCUGCAGUGUGUAGAGUUUGGAAAAUGUUGUAUGUCCACAGUAACUUUAAUAAAAUCCCAAAAAAAAGAAAAGGGGGUGUGUAAUUGUUUUCUUAGGUAGAUUUGUUAUGGGUGGGUGAAAUAUUCAGUGUUUGACACAGCUAGGAAAAUGCAAGGACUACUAAUCAGACAAAAGGUGCAGAGAUGAAUCUUCAAGUCCUCAAUUUAAAAACUGUUAGAACUGAGUUGUUUCUACAAGAAUCAAAAUCUUUAGAUCCUGUAGAUACAGCAGCUACUUCAUCGGCCAGGAAAGGCGUGAUCCGACGUUAAACAGCAAAUGGUUUACACUUUCAAGAAAACAGGUCUAGCGCAAGAAGUCUGGACAAAGGAGCCUAAUAUCAGCCAGCAUCCUUAUAAAGUGAGCGGUAUUCAUGCAACAAAAGCUUUAACUGCAGUAAAUUUAAAGAGGAGGCCAACGAAAACAGAUCUAUCUUGUAGAGCAGAAUAGAGCUAAGCAUCAGUUAAACCUCAUCAUGUAGGUUAUAGUAUCUGAAGUUGAUUGGGUGUUGAUUGUCCAUUGGAUCUUAAACUGAGAGCUGCCAGACUUCAUUCCACAUGUGAUCAGAACCAUCCUCAGCCAGCAUCUGACCUCUAUCGACUGGUCUGAGCUGCACUGGAACUGAAAUCACAGUGGAGAAGGCAGUGAUCUAAGCUAUAAGCUACAUGAUCAGUUUUGUUCGCUACAGAAGUAGGUAAGUGUACAGAGCUCUGAGCAAUAUGUGGUGAUUUGAAUGUAGCAUUCAGUGACCAGUGAAUUGAUGAACAUGGCACUGAAGGGGUUCAGCAUGUCAGAAUUGAAAACAUCUAAUUAAUACUUGCCAAUUUAAUGAGACAAAGUUGGAAGAUCACUAACCAGGCAAAGUAUAUGGAAAAAAAUCUUUGUAAUGAAAAUAUUGCUUUUGUUUUAAAAGUUGACAUUUAAUAUAGAUGACUGCUACUUAAGCAAAUUUUAGUUCAUGUUAAUUUUCAGAAGUCUGAUUUUAACUUUAAUAAAUGCACAUUGUUGCUCCAUUAGCUCAGGUGUCAAGCAGACACCGUAUUUCACAUCAUUGACUAAAUAAUUGAAUGUUUAUAUUAAGCUGUCUUUCAGUAGUAGAUUCCCUCCUUAGAAACUGGCUCUGCAUUUAAUAAUGUGUGCCUGAUUGAGGUUAGUUCUGGAUAGUUAGUUUUAAUAAAAUUUAAGCAGAUCGGAAAAUGUCUGUAGAAACAAAUGCAGUACCCUAGUUCAGUCAACAAAAUACAGAUCAGUUAACUUUACAGCCCCCAAGUUGCUUUAUUGCUGGCAAAAGUGCUGAAUAUUUCAGGUUUCAGUGCUUUUCAUUUGUAUUUUUGAGUAAUGUUAGCGCUCAAAUUCCUCCAACAAAAGUUGUGUAGUUUCCAAACCUCUGCUCCUCUCUCUAAUAUGUUCUUUUGCAGAAGUAGUUGUCCUUUUUAUCUACUUUCCUACUUCAAAGUGCCAGGCUUCUAUAUUCCCUAUAUGUAUCUAGCAGAUGGUUGCCUAGAAAUGAGGCUCUAAGGGACAAAAUAUGUGAGGAUCUGAGCUGAUACGGAAUUCAAUGGAUUGUGGAUGUUUUGGAUUGUGGAUGUUUUUUGCCAAGGAUGCUGAGUUCAGUAAAUUGAUAGUUUUUCAUUCAUGACAGGUUUAAAAGGUAGUUUUGACCAGAGCUCCAGUUUACUUAAUGCUAAAAUCCAAAGGAUGUUUCAAUUCACUGUUAUUGCUGCUCAUUUAUUAACUGGCACUUUUGGAGCCUGUUUGGAUGAAAAUGUUCAGAAUUCAUUAUAACCUUGUGAAGAAAGCAGUAUUGGAAAUAGCAUGUUUAGUUUCCAGAGUAUAAUGUUGAGGAUUGAAAGGUAAGCUUAAGACUAAGGUUAGGAAGUCUUUGCAGCAGGCAGUGUUUCAAAUGGGCUCAGCUCCUGAAUAGAAUAGUGGUGAUAACAGCCUCAAAGAGCCAGUUGAAUGCCAUUAGUUUGCUUUAGUGUGCAAUUUACACAAAACCUACUUAUACAGUCACAACUCAAAGUGGGUUGUGUGAAUGUGAACUCUGAGAACCUCAGUUAAGCAAAAGAAAUUUAUUAAAAGUGAAUUGAAAUUUUUCUGUUGCAAUCUACCUCAAAUAUUUAAUCACAGCAACAGAAAGUCUGAAGUUGAUGUGAAAUUGAGAACUAUAUUUAAAGAAAAUUAAAUGAUGGAAAUGCAAUAUUUUAUUGGUGAUGGACUCCAAGCACAUUUUUAAAAAAAAAACUGCUCAUGCAUUGAGAUUGGUGUAAUAAGCCACCUGUUACAGAUACUAAUUUCUGUUGGCUUAUUUUCCUUGAUACGCAUAUUUUCAUGCGUAAGCUGAAUGUCCAGUUUUCCAUGUCAUUUGGCUUUGUUUCAAGAGCUAGUGCUAUGAUUCAGUAAAAUACAUAAAGUUUCCAUUGUUGGUCAUUACACAUUAUUUGAAAAUCUUAGAAUCUGCUGUCUGGGUUCAAUGGCACAGGCAUAGUGAAUUUUAAAGCCAUUAUAUUGCAUAAGGGAGAACAACGGAUCUGAGAAAUAAAACAAGGUAAACAAGUGGGUGUUUUUUAAUCAGAAAUGACCAUUGCCACAUGUGAAAAUAAAUUGUAACUUGUCAGUUCUACUUUACCUUGGUUUUAAGUGUUACUGAUUUUAGUAGAUUAAUGCUGCUGCAUAUAGAUUCUAUAGGCAGUGCUAAAGUUCAUAAACUGCACUGAAACAAAAUAAAAUUGCUUUCAGUCAGAAUGGUAAACAGAAGUGGUUCAUAUUUGGAUUGCAGAGGAUCCAGCUUAGAGGCUGGUGUAGAAGGUGUUUUGUCAACUUGGGCACAAAAUUGUGUUCUAAGUUUGGGGUGCAGUGUGUACAUUGAUUCCAUAAAUAACAGUUCUUUCAAACUUGUGACUGGAAUCAUAAGAUCAAGACACAGAAGUAUUCCAACCCUCCUUUAAAAUCAUGGUUUCAUCAAAAUGUACUACGUGUAAAAUAUUAAGUUAACUAUGGAGUCAGAAACAGACAACAUUCUUGGCUGUUGCUUAAAUUUGCUUAACUAAAUGUUGGAGAGUAAGGUUCUGUCUUAACAAGCUAAAGGUGUUAUGUUAUUAAGAUCUUGCCAUUCUUUAGAUGGACAUAAAUAUGAUUAGUCACACAAGUAGCAUCUGAAAUGUCAUUCAGGAGCCUGAGUUCAGCCAAGACAAAUAUAAAUAUUUUUAUAUGCUAUUAUUAAGUAGCUACCUAAUUAAUACAACUAGGUAAAGGCAAGACUGGGUUUUAUUAGAAACUUUGUUGCUACAUUAGCACUUAGUGUAAACUACAGACUUUCUAUGAUUUAGCUGGAGUUGUAAUUUUUAGAUAAAUUAUAUAAAUCUCAAUCUGAAGUGUUCAGAAUUUGAUAUUCCUGUAAAAGAACAGAACUGUUUACCCUUAAUGCUGCCUGCAGAGUAGGAGUUGAGCAAGAGUUCCUAGAAUGUCGACAGGCUAGUGAGUGCAUGAGGGAGACAAUAUGUGGCAGCUUGCUAAGUACAGAGGAACCUUGAUUAUCCAGCGUUCGAAUAACCGAAUUUCAGAUGAUCUGAACAAGAUUGCAAGAUCCCAAUGCAUGGCUAACUGUUAUCCAACAUUUGAUUAACGGAACAAAAUACUCCCCAUCCGUGUCCUUUCGAUGAACAAGGUUCCUGUAGUGGAAUGGAUCCAGUCAUGAAAGCUGACAAGGGAACAUUUUUUUAACAUGGUGUAUUUGCAUCCUUGUUCAAUGGAUGGAUAUUAAAGAUGUGAACCUAC